AUGACACAGGGGGUAACUUUAACUGUGACGGGUGUCACCCAGGUGAAGAUCAUGACAGGUGAAGAUCAUGAGCUCCUCAUGGUCCUGGCCUGUGAACAGUCAAGCAAGAAUGUGCAAGACAUUAAGAACAUCAUCCUGCAAACCCUGAUGGUGCAUCUACGCUUCAUCCUUGGGACUCUGGCUGUAAAACAGAUUUACCAGGACUGAGACCAGCUUGACAAACUGGUGCGGGAAGUGGCAGCCCCUGAUGUUGGCCGUAUGGACCUCAGAAUCCUUAACCGUACCAUCAAGGACAUUUAUGACAAAGAAGACUGUCUGAGUUCCCAGACAGCUGUGGUACAGCAAGAUGCAGAUAUUGGUGUGGCAGAGGCAGAACAGGUCACGGGUGUCUGAGAAGCUGAGACAAAGAAGUCGGUGCUAGAUGUGAAGUUCAUGGCAAACACCAAAAUUACUGAUUCCAAGAGAGCCUUGGAGCUGCCAAAAUCAGCCUUCAAUGAGGUGGUAAACAUCCAGACAGUGGAGGCCCAGUUGGCCUAUGAGCUGCAAGGGGCCUGGGAGCAACAGAAGAUCCUGCAGGAACAGAUUGAAGCAGUGUAGGGCAAGCCUCAGACAGUUGUAAAGUGUGACCCUGCAGAGGCAGAGAGCCAUCGUAUCCACCAGAUUGCUGAGGGCAAAAAGGUAAAGCAAAUCCUGUUGGCACAAGCAGAAGCUGAAAAGAUUCACAAAAUCAGAGAGAUAGAGAUAAAAGUCAUUGAGGCAAUGGGCAAGGCAGAGGUUGAGCGGUUGAAGCUUAAGGCUGAGGCCUACCAGAAGUCUAGGGAUGCAGCCAAAAAGGCCUUGGGGCUGAAGGCCCCGCCCCAGAUUGCUGCCAAAACCUCUGCCUCCCUGACGAAAGUCCAUGAGAUUGCAGUUCUCAGUGGGGAGAACAGCAAGGUGACAUCAGAAGUGAAGUGGCUGCUAGCAGGACUGCCUGCCUCUAUUUAGGCCCUCACCAGUGUGAACCUCUCAAAGAUAUUCCUGAUCAGGGAUGCCACUGGUGCCCAGGUUUGA